AUGGCACAAUUAACAUUAUUGGUAUGCCUACUCUGUCUUACCCUUACAAAGGUAUUGGCUCAAGGUAAGUUUGAAUUCGAACAUAUAAUUACAUCUUAAUAAAACUAUACCAAUAAUUUUGACGUAAGAUCCCUUCUAAUUGCAUUGAGUAGUGUACUCCAAUUAAUUUUCAUAGUUAUUUGCGCUUUCGAACCUCAAAUAACGAGAGUGUAUAGCCUACAAAAUGGAUAACGUUAUAUAAUUUUAGAAGUUUGUAUUAUCAAGUUCAAUAUAUUAAAAUGUAUAGCUACUAAGUUUAGUGAAACUGUUGUAUUUUGGGCGAAUUUCUACUCCUAUUAAAACUAUAUAAACUUACAUCUUUUCAUUUAAAUUUGUUUUGAAAUAUAGGCUACCUUGUAUGCAGGCCGCCAUAUUUUUAAAAGAUUAAACUGAAUGGAACUUGUCGGAUCCAAGCAUGAAUGAGUCGAAUUGAAAGCAUAUUGUAAUCGCGACAAGAAUUUAAUAAAAUAAGCCCGAGACCAGUGCCUUUUAAAGGUAUUUUCAUUGCUGGGCGGUGUAACAAAUUUUGUUACGGCAGUAAAUAAAAGCUUGACCAAGGGGUGUGUGUGUUUAUAAACAUGUGAUAAUCCCUUUUCGUUGGGUACUCCGAGUAUCAACCCGGAAAAAUCUGAAAAUUCGGUGUCACAAGAAGGCCAUCACGUCGGGGAAAUUAGCCUUUCUCACGCCGCCAUUUUUGGGUGACAUUUCAGUCGAAGUCUGCGUGAUAAGUCCAAAUAACAACGACUUUUUAUAAUUUUUUGAAUGAAUAAUGGUAAAUUUGCUUUGUAGAGGUUAGCUUAUUUUGAAAAAUUAGUUUUAACAUGGUUUUAAUUGUCUGCAUUGGUUAACAAGAAUUAGAUGCCACUCAAAAAUGGCAGAUAUUCGUCAUCGUGAGAAAGGCUAAUUGAGAGCCAUGGUUUAGGCGAAUUUUUCAUGGUUCAAAUCCAUAUUACUUAAGGGGUAAGUCUGAUUCCUGAGGGAGGGCAAUUGGCCUGGUAUUUGUCUUUUGACAGGAAUUUUUACCUUUAAUGCAAUUACCCAGGGUGUACGUUCCAACUAAUUCACCCAUGGCCAAGAGGCUAUAACGAUACAUGUGCCCGACAGCCAAUGCCCAAAUGAUUAGUUUAUGAGGGAGGAAAACUGGUCGACCGAGAAAAAACAAAGCAUAGCGCAAGAGAAAACGGCAACCAAAGAAGCACAUAGAGUAACUAAAUGGAAGUAAAUAUCCUACACAUGACCAACAGCAUGUAGACUCAAUUCAGUGUCAGGCGAGUAACGGUCACACAUCGGUCGCUUGAACCUUGCUUCCCUAUGUUAUUGUGGUUGCAUUCACUACUUAUUCGUGACUGCAGAAUUACGUUUCCAUGCAUUUUCGUUUCCAGCCAGUAUGUAGUGUUUUCUUCUCUCCGAUUCAGUUGGCACUUCGUGAGGCCAGGGCACGGUUGAUGUCGAGUUAAAUGAGAACUAACUAAAAGUGAGUCAGGUUUAUUCACAUUCUAACCCUUAUCGGCCACGCGUCCAGCAUAAUAAAUUUAUGCAAUGAGCCAAUGACCUUUUUCGACUGAAUGGCAUGCCCCCCGGAAAAUUUAUGAAAUUUGAACCCCGGAACGCCGUUUCCUGCAUUCUGAGCAUCGAAUUCUGUUCUAACAUUUGACCCAGGAGUUGAAUUUUAUCGCGGCAAUAGCCGUAGAGGGAGAGCAAAAUGCCGUGGAUCAUUGCGGCAACGAUGGCAAUUUUUUGCCGUAUAGUGCAAUUUUUAUACUAUUCACUGUGCGUUACUAUUUUGGCACUUGAAUUACCUGAGUGCACAACACCAACACAGAAAAAACAAACAUCUUCAAUAUACAAAUCUGAUCAUUAUAAUGGUGCAUUUUAUUACCUGGACAAUUAUCAAUAUCUUUAAAAAUUCAAUUUAUGUUCAAUUUUGAUCAAAAUUCAACCGACGACUGCUUUCAAAAUGUUCAUUUAUAUUUAUUCCGCUCCUAAAUCAACUGACGUCACUUUCUAGAAUUUGUAAUGUAAAUUUUAAUUGGUUGAGGUGGCAGAAUUCAGUUUGGCGCUCGCGUGAGCAGACGUUUGUUUUUCGUCGUUUUGCGUAAGAAUAACAACGGCUGCGAGCAGGGAAAGCACGACUACAAGGUCACAGAAUCAAGGUCUUCCAUGUGGACAAAAACGAUUAUUGUAUAAAUAAUCCAAAUGCUUUAAGUUAUUGGUGAUCGUGCUACUAGCCUUAAACCUAUUGUUUAAAAUAUGCAAUAAGUUUAAAUUACAUGUAAUAUUAUGGUAUACUUUUGAAAUGAUAAUACGCAAGAAGCUGCUUUAAUUUAAUCAAGUCAAUGUCACUUUCUUAAUCUCAUUUUGUUUUAGCCAAUUGUAACUUUGACAAUGGAGAUACCUGUAGUUAUAAAAAUGGUGCUGGAGAGUUUAAUUGGAAGGUUAAUACAGGUUCUACACCCAGUAGUGGAACAGGACCAAGCUCUGACGUCAGCGGCAUAGGUAAACUGUUAAAUAAACUUUUAGGUUUUAAAGUGAACGAUAUAUGACUUGAGAUUUGGGUUACGAUUAGGUUUCUUUAGCAUUUGGUUUGGACAUUUACGAUAAAUCGCGAUUAGGUAUGAGUAUAAGAUCUUAACAAUAACUUAUUCUACUGUUCAUUAAACAUAAUAUAUUCGAUUGUGAUUGGUUGAUUUCAGUGAAGUUAAUCCCAAACAGCAGUGCAAUGUUCUGUAAUCACAGUGCAAUUUUCUGUGUUCACAGUGCAAUUUUUUGUAAUCACAGUGCAAUUUUCUGAAAUCGUAGUGCAAAAAUCUGUAACAAACUGAUCUGAUUGGUCGAAAAACAAUCUGAUGAUAAAAUCAACCUAUCAGAUUAAAGCAGUUUUAGUACAGGUAAUCAUGAGAUGGCGAAUACAAUUAGAGAUUAAUAUCGUACUCUUGAUUUCUGGAAAUUUGCUAAAUUGGACUCGCCCACGAACACCAUCGCAUGAUUACUUGUUCAUUAUUAGCAUAUGACAAAAUUGGAUACUUCCCCGUCAACAUCAUAUUCUCUCGCCAGAGCCCAGUGGCCAGUCCUGCCAGACUUUCAACCAAUGCAAAAUUUGGUACUUUUGUUCGUAUGUUCAUUUAGUUAUUUUGUUAAAACAAAAUUUGUUACUUUUGUUCGUAUUUUCAUCUAGUUCCUCAAGGACAAUUUCAUUUCACAUUUGUGUUCAAAAUACGUUUCCUUCAUUUUGUUUGUUUUGCGAAAAUCGUACUGCAAUACAAUUAAUAAAAUAAUUGUACUCCUCGGCAACCAAUCAACAUCCAGUAAUUUUGGCAUGCUAAUAAUAAUAGUAUAAACAGAUUGUUUCAAAACAAAACAAACAUGGCCGAGGUACAUAAGGUAAAAGCUGACUUCGGUUGGAAAAUAUGGCUUUGAUCUUUAUUUUUAAAUGAAACUGAUGCAUUUACCUUAAACAGGACUAACAAAAAUUAUAUAGUUGAGUGGAAUUCUCAAGCUGUUAGCGUUGUACAAUGUGAUAUAUAAACAACUGGGCCAAGAAAAAUUUGCCAGUGGCAUGUUCGCUAUAUUGACUAGCUCGUGAGUUUUUCAUGAAAGACAUCAAAUAGCACUCGUCCGUCGGACGCAUGGUAUAUCCAAAUUGCAUUCGAAACCAUGCUAUUACCUAUAGCCUACUAAUUAAACACUAAAAAUAACAUAGAUUGAUUAUUAAACUGUCGGCGUUUUGCUUGUACUACCUUAAAUAAAUAUAUAAGAAAAGUUAAACUUAGAGUAUAAAGGCUCCCCAUCCGCAAAUUGGGUUGGUCUUCUUAUUUUUACAGGUGCUUGGUGAAACCACUGAAGUGUAUUUGGUCUAUUGAAGCUUACUGUCUACACAGGACUUGUUAUAGUUUGCUAUAUAUUCAGAUUAGUAUAGAGGUGCACUGUAAAUAAAAGCAAAAAUACGUGAAUAUUUGAUAUCUUUGACGCUUGCAGACUCACGAAAUAACUAGAAAUACAUGCAUGCAACAACCCCUCACCUAUAUUUUCCAAACAUUGUUUCAACAUGAAGUAUUCGUAAUUACGCCAACACUGAGCGCAGGCUCGCGUUGCCACGUCAUGUUAGUCAUGGCAACACGAUAAUUGUUUUUUUUUAAUGUUUUGUACAAACCGGGAAAAAAGUAGAUGAAAUUUGAACACUUUUGAAUACAGAACUAUCAAUUUCUAGAAAGUAGGUAUAAUAUUUUGGUUUCUAUGGGCUUUAUUUUAAUGUAAAAUUCAAAACGAAACGUGAAUUGAAAUUAACUGCUUUUUGCCGAUAUUUAUAUAAAACUUCUCAACUCGAGCUUCAACUUAAUAUUACUCCCACUUUGAAAUGAAACAAAUUUAAUUCGUACAGGACGCUAAUGAAAACAAUUUGCUUUCCUUUUUAUCAUGAACUUCUAAAAAGUUAAUUUAACUGAGAAAUUUCGCAAACAAUGCGUAGGAAAGACUUCAACAUCAAGAACCGAGACAAAGUCUAUAUUAUUAAAUACAAAGUCAUACAUAAACAAUUAAAACAAACUUGCCCUAUACUUUAGGCUUUAUCAUACAAUAUCAAUUCUUAUCAUUGUUUACGUUUAAAAAUUGCAAAAAAGUUGUACGAACGAUUUUCCAAGCUUUCUCACAUGUAUUUUUUUAUAUUUUUUUCCUUCUUCAUUUCUGGCAAACUCUUCUGAGAUCAGUGAUGACCACCCACUCAACAUCGUUGGUGAGCGCCCGCGAUAAUUGAUGAACUUUAGAAUUCGCUAAUGCUUUCGUUUCCCCGGGUGUAAAUAGCCGGUGGGAAUUAGUACCCUCGCACGGCGCUUCGCGCCGUCGGCUCGGUGAUAACGGCUUAUUGACCGAGCGUGAGGUAUGUACUGUGAAGUAUCAGACCGAGCGAGGGUUCUUAGUAUGGACCGAGCGACGAAGGAGCGAAGUACACGCCAAAACACAGAGGUCUGAUAUUUCACAGUACAGACCCAACAAGCGAGGUCAAUAAUCGGUUUAUUAUAUGGCUGAACUGAGUCUGUGAGCAUUUGCUUUUCGCGCGAAUUAAAUCGGCUAUCGUCAGUUUCACUGGAUAACAAUAUACGAUAGCAUGCAUGCUCAAUCAAAAACAAUUUUGUUUUACAGGUAAAGCACAAUUGGAGAAUUAAAAAGCAAAUUUUUUUUCUGUUUGCAAGGCAAAAAUUUUCCGCCAGAUAAAUGGCAUUCGCGUCACUGGUCCAGAUACGGAAAAUACAGACCACAGUCUGGAAAUGGGUUUUUACGGACCGCUUGCCAACCAAUCAGAAUAGAGAUUUUCGAAAAGCUAUAUAAUAAGUACAGCUAAAGUUAUUCAAACGCAAAUCUUUUCGCGCCAAAGUUACAGUAAAUUUUGUUUCGUUAAAUGAAUGUAUUUUUCCCACUUUUUACAGGUUCUUAUCUGUACAUUGAAACUUCAAGUCCACAACUGUUAGGUGAUAAAGCCGCAAUCUUAACACCUUACUUGAACGGCCCACAAUGCAUGAAAUUUUCUUACCAUAUGUACGGUGGUGAUAUUGGAGUCCUGAACAUCUUUGCCAAUAACAAAAAGAUAUUUUUAAAAUCGGGAAAUCAAGGAAACCGAUGGGUGGAUGUGGAAACUCCAAUCUUGGAAGAUGGAAGAUAUAUGGUGAGAGAAGAAAGCAGUACUUCAGAUACACAGACGCUACGUAGACAAUAGCACCAUAUUUGCGUGAGGAAAAGACUACUCUAGCCCCUUACACUUGCACCCAACCCGAACGAUGGAUCCAACGCUGUUUUUGACAAAUAUUUCGUUUUCAUUUUGUUUUCAAGAACCGAAAGGAAGUCAUUUUCCUGUAACUGAUUACUCAAUUUUUUUGUGUAAAUAUUUAAGGUUAAGUUUGAAGGCGUUUGUGGUGAUGGUUACGAAGGUGAUAUUGCAAUCGAUGCUAUCAGCUUCACUCCAGGUGAUUGCUCAUCCGCAGGUAUUGUGUAGUGGUCUACCACCUUUUACCAUUUUUUAGUUAAUACAACCAAGUCAUUAUAAUACCAAUGAUGAUCACAUGCCCAGCUUGUGCUCCAGUGCACUUUCAUCUUCUAAUACCUUUUGACAGGAACUUACCUCGUUGCCCUUCUAUCCUUUCAAGGGCGAUAUAGUGACUUACUACAACAUCUCAUACGUCUUGACGAGAACGUGUUAUAUUCUACCUUUUCAUUCGAAGGUCUCUAUGCCAACUUACCCAAAUACGUCUAGAUGGCAAUGCACCACACUGUUCUUUUAUCUUCCCAACGACACUUUGCUGACUUAUAACGACAUCCAAUAGACAUUGUUACAUUGCCCAAUAGGUACAUGUACAGUAUUGUUGGAAGAAUGUUUCAAGUAUUUUUCUUUUAUUUUUCCAACGUUUCUACAAUGACUUGUUACGAUGUCCAAAUAGUUCUUGAUGGGAUGACGUGCUCAUUUCCCCUUUAUCUUCCUAAAGUUCUUUAACCAACUUAUUACGAUAUCCAAUACGUCUUGACAAGAAUGUCUCACAUCAUCUUACCUUUCAAUGUCCUUAUAUCAACCUACACAACGGACAACAUUUCUUGACAAGAGUGACCAAUUUUCCUUAAAUUUUCCAAGGUCUCUCUGACCAAGACGUUCAAUUUUUCUUGACAAAUCUUGACAGGAAUGCACUUUAUCCAUGUCCUUCUGUCUUUCCAAGAUAUGUAACACACGGACGUAUCACAACGUCAAAUAUUCCUUGAGGAGAAUGUGCCUCCUUGCUUUUUUGUCUUUCCAACGUGUAUAGAUCGAGUGGUUACGAAGUCCAAUACAUGGCAACGACAGUGUGACCUUUUAUCUUGCCAAGUUCUUUACACCGGCUUACCACCAUGUUCAAUACCUCUGGACAACAAUUGUUUUUAAACUCAUUUUAUUUACAAAAUAUACGGAAAACUUACGUGAAAUUUAACAUCAACAAAAAUUUACAAAAAUAUAAAGUUUCUUUCGUUUUGUACAUAUUCGGUGAGUCCGAGCCCUUGCAGUUCCUCGAACCAGUCUCUUUCUCGAUAAUAAUUAAUUUCUACUCUGGAACAUCCUCCCGCCCGAUGCAGGAAGUGCAUCAACUUUCAUUAACUAGCAAAUGUCAACAAACUAGCUAAUUAUUGUCCAAUGUUUACUUUAGUCCUGCUGCUAUGUCAGCAUCACAAGUUUCUAACACAUGUAGUCUUUGUACAGGACGACGGGUAUGGCGGCCUGAGGGCAAACGUAACGUUACAGAUCGGAUCAGACCAUCUCUUUCUUCAUGCGUUGCCUCAACACCGGCUUUCUGCCAUUGUCCUCUUGGAACUUUAUCUUAACUUACGAGUACUACAUCACCCACAUGCAUUUUUCGACCAAUAUCGAUCCAUUUUUUCAAAGUGGUUAACGACUUAAGAUAUUCCGCAUUCCAUCGAUUCCAAAAUCCAUUUACCAAACGUUGAUGAUAUUGUAAUCGUUUCUUUAAGGCGUUGGAAGUGUGCUCCGUAACCUUCGUAUCUUUGCUUGGAAAUGCCUGUAAAUUUCUCCCAAUGAGAAUCUGGGGUGGCGUAAGGGCCUUUAAGUCAUUUGGUUCAGCUCCAAUGUAAGUAAGAGGACCACUGUUAAUCUGAGUCUCGAUCUCCGUCAAAAUGGUGUCAUUUGCUCGGCGUCUAACAUUGCAUUUCCAAAGAUUUUUUUCAGCGGCAACUUAACACUUUUCUCGAGACGUUCAUAAAAUCCACCCCACCAAGGGGCUCUGGGUACUAUGAAUUUCCAUUGAAUCUUCUUCUCAGAUAAAGCUGUACGGGUUUCUUCGGAUUUCAGGAUUCGCCAACAACUCUGUAACUAUUUUUUAGCAUAUUUGAACGUUUUUGCAUUAUCUGACCAAAUAAUACUACACAUGCCUCUUCUCGCAACCAUACGUCGUAACUCCAGCAAAAACCGUUCAGUUGUCAUGCUGCUUACCAAUUCUAAGUGUACUGCACGAGUGUCAGCACAAGUAAAAAGGCAACUACAUACCUUUUCACCACGGUUCUUAAGAUACAAUGGUCCAGCAAAGUCCAAACCAACGUUUGUGAAUGGAGGUCCAGGUACAACUCGGUCAGCUGGAAGAGGUGCCAUUUGUUGAGAUACAGGCUUGGUGUAAAACUGACGACAGACUAUACAUCUCUUUACGAUUUUGCGGAUCGUAGCUCUUCCUUUUAUCAACCAAAGUCUUUGACGGACCACUGACAGUGUAUGAUCAACGCCAGCAUGCAUUUCACGACGGUGAAUAUCUUGAACAAAUAAUUCUACAGCAGGAUGAUCACUAGGUAAAAUAAUGGGACGUUUCUCCUCCUCGGGCAACUCAGCUUUAUGGAUUCGGCAACAACAUCUUUGAUCUCACAGUGGAUGGUGUGAUUAAUCCAACUGGAUAAAAAACUUUAGCAGCGCACAAAGCCACCUGUCUCUUUGUGUAUGUCUCAAUCUGUGGUUGACCAAUUUCAAUUAUAUAUGUCAAAGUAUCUUUGUUUGUGUCCCAUUUCAGACCAAGAGCUUUCGUAAUUGAACAAUUCUCUGGAAAACUUUGGUUAAGGUUGAUGAGACUGUUAGGUGCUCUAUCUUCUUCAGGUAUAACUUCUAAAAGCUCUCGAGAAUUACUUGAGCACUUGGUUAAGUUAAAUGCCGCCUGCGCCAUCAACUCCUUCGCACUCUCUCGCUUCAUUGACUUCGUCUCGACAAAAGACAAAAUCAUCAACACAUGUAUUCUUAAGAAUUUCAUCACACAUUUCAGGAUACAGUUCUUUAUUUCUCUGUACAUGCUCUUGGGUAGUACAUAUUUUCAAGCAUGGACUGGCAAUCACCCCAAAAGUCACUCUAGUCAUUCUGUAAACUUUGGGAGAUGCUUCAAGAUCAAGGUCUCGCCACAAAUACCGAUGAGAAUCUCGAUCUUGUUCUCUUAAACUGAUCUGCGAAAACAUUUUCUCAAUAUCACUUGUAACAGCAAUCUUCUUCUUUCGGAAACGCACAAGAAUACCACAUAGAUCUGGUUGUAAAGCUGGACCAGCGUCCAUACAACUGUUCAGUGACGUUCCUUCACUAUCCUUGGCAGACGCAUCAAAUACAACUCUAGUUUUAGUUUUCUGUCUGUCCUCCCGAAUAACAGCAUGAUGUGAGAGAUAAAAUACUGGUCGAUUAUCAACUGACUUGAUUUCAUUGGCUGGUACUUCUUCCGCAAUAUCAUCCUCCACAUAUUUGUUGAUGCUGUCUUGGUAAAUCUUCGCUUUCAAUGGGUCUUCAAGAAGCCUUUUCUCUAAACUAUACAGCCUUCUUUCUGCUUGAAUAUAGUUGCUCUUCAUUGUCACUUGGUUUUCUUUCCAAGGUAUGAAUACUUCAUAACGUCCUUCCUUAAAAGUCAACGAUUCCUUAAAAUUGUUCAAAACAGUUAUCUUCGGUUUUAUUUAACAAUGGCAUAUCAUCAGGCUUAAUUCCGAUAAAGUCUAAAUUCCAAAACGAUUGUAAAGUUCCAUUCAGUUGAUCAUUUGCAGAAACUUGAACGUUCAUUUAGACAGUAGACUCACUGCUAGCAGUACCUGUUGGCCCACACAAGACCCAACCCAAAGUGGUACGAACAGCAACCGGUUCAGAUAGAUCGGCUUUCACAAUGUCCCUUGUAACAAAUGAAUAGUAAAAAUCUAAACCAAUGAGAACAUCAAUUGGCUUUUAAUUUGCUCUCUUGGGAAAUUCUUCUGGAAAGUUUACAUCUUUCAGGUGUAUCCAAUUUGCUGGAUUGACCUCGACCGCAUCAGCUGGAUGACAUAUCUCUACAGUGGUGAGUGCUUCAAACUCUCGUGAACACCUGGUCCUGUCCACAGUUGCUAGUGUGCAGGGUAUUCUCUUUCGAAGACAUGCUUUAUCUUGCUUUCCACCAAAGCCAGACACAGAAAUUUUAACACUGGGUCCAUCGAGACCUAGCUCUUCUAAAACACUUUGUUUUAUAAAGUAGGUUUGUGAACCUGAAUCAAGAAAACAGCGAACAAUCUUUGAGUUCCCAUUAGAAACACACAAAACAGCUAGGACUGUUUGUAGAAUCACCUAUCCAAUAUCAUCAGUUCUAACUGAAUUGGCUGUUACAUUCUUUGAUGCAUCCUCUUGACUUGCAGACUGAUCUUCCGUGGCUCCAGUCUUGUCUGGAAGUGUACAUUUUCUAUUUGGGGGCGGCUGGUCUGUGUGGAGAAGGUGAUGGUGACGACCUCUACAAUGCUUGCACAAUGUCAUUCGACUACAGCUGACCACCUUCCAAAUACAGGAAACACAGACCUUUAGCACUCACUUUCCGGAAUCUCUCUUUCACCGACAAUGAAAGGAAGUUAAUGCAAGACCACACAUUGUGAUCCUCACCACAAACAACACACUCUUUUUCUUCAGUUUGAGUAGACGAACACAACGCUGAUGUUGAAGACCUUCUGAAUGAUGGAUUUUUGUGAAAUCCUACCUUCAAAGAAAUAUUCUUUGGAGGUUUGGAUUCUACAUUAGGAGCUUGUAUACUAGAUUCCUUUGCCCUUAUGACUUGCUCUAAGAAAGUAAAGAGUAUUUUUAUAGGCAAACAGUCCUCUUUCUUAUAUCCAAUUUCAAGCUCCCACUUUUCCACAAGUUUUUUUGGUAGCUUAUCAACAAUCAAGGGAACCAAUACUGGUGCCAAGGUUUCAGAGCUAUACUUCUCUCCCAUUGACUCAACCGAGCGAACAUGCCCGACUAUUUUAUCAUAAAACACUCUCAUAGAUGUUGCAUUUUCAUCACUCAAUCUGAGUAAAUGGAUCAAACCCAUCCUAUGGGCGUCCAAGAUCAACCUUGAAUGACCAAAUUUUUCCUUCAGAGUUGACAAAACAGAUUCAUAAUUCUCAGCCACUAUUGAAAAUCCUUUAACCGACUCAGCCAGCAUAAUGCACUCUAGUUUUUGUACAUCAGCUAAAGCACUAUUAUCCACAAUGGACACUUUAACAGACUGAUAUAGUAUGACUGCCAACACAAUAUAUCCCCAUCAAAUGUUGGUAAUUCAAUCUUUGGCAGUCUAACUUCAACUUUACAUGUGGACCCCAAACUUGACCCACACUCGACCCAUUGCUGUUCUCAGCAUGUGUAUUAACACUUAAAUACUUUGUCAUUCUAGCCAUAUAAUCCAUAACUCUCAUGUUAUGCUCAUUGUGUGCUGCACAUUCACUAUCAAUUUCACUGUCUAUAUAGAAAGCGAGGUUUGUACCUCUGUUAAAUCAUUCCAUUUACUUAAAAUAUUAUCUUUCAGUACCUGAACUCUAGCAUGACUAUUUUCCUCUGCAAGCGCUUCAUCAAUCAACUUUAAACUGUCCGUCACCGACUUCCUCAUAAAACGUCGCUUCUUUUUCACGCCUUCUGGCCCUUUCAACAUGCUUCCAACAAGCAAUAAACACUAUUUAUUAACGCCAAUUGUUAAAUACUGAACUUUUCUUCUAUCCGACACGAAGGAACUCAUUUUAUUUACAAAAAAUACGGAAAACUGACGUGAAAUUUAACAUAAACAAAAAUUUACAAUUUGUUCGUUUUGUACAUAUUCGGGGAGUCCGAGCCCCUGCAGUCCCUUUCUCGAUAAUAAUCAAUUUCUACUCUGGAACAACAAUGUACCACAUUACCCGCACAACUUUUCAGCAGCCUUUUAUUGAUUUAUUUACCACACUUUUAAGCCAGGCACCUGAAGUUUUCUUAUGCAAACUAUUUUCUACUCUCCUGUAGUGACAUGUAACUUUGAUCAAGGUGUUUUGUGUUCUUUCACAAAUGGUGCCAACGAUGAUUUUGACUGGAUAGUUCAUAGUGGAAGUACACUAAGUUCUAACACGGGACCUUCGCAAGAUGUUUCAGGGAAUGGUAAUAUACUGAUAGUUUCGAUUUAUUUAAAUUGCUGAAUUAAAUGUCAUAUUGUAUAAUCUUGAGAGUGUAUAGGUAGCGAUGAAUAAUAAUCUUGAGGUAUUGUAUGAUCAAAUAAUCUAAAAAUUAUAACAAGAACUUCCAGACGAGCGGCUUUCGCUCCAAAUUUCGACGUUCUUGUAUGUAUUCCAAGUACUUUGACCCUAAAAUCCCUCCACCAUAUCGAAAUAUCAUACCGAAAAUUAAAAGCCUCCAAGUUGAGAAUUAAAAACUUGACACAUACCUUCGUGAAUACGAUGUUUUAUUUUCGGAUUAACGCAAGUGUUCGUCGCUUUUCUUUCGAAUCACACACCGUUUGGAAUAUUAAUGACAACAUUUUUCAAAAGUUGCUUCAAAAUUUUGAAAAAGCCCCAGGUUUUACGUUUAAUUGAAUUAUUCAUGACUUAUUAUAAAUACUAUUUAUAUUUUGUCGGCCAUCUUGUUGUCAUUCGUGUUGUCCCGCGUGGUCUACGCGAAUAAUGUUCCACCCCAUGUUCCCCGGGGAACAUGGGGUAGAAAAUCGUCAAAAGGAACGCAGGCUCGCUAAGUGAUGACGUAAGGCGUGAUAUCGCGAUUAAUUUCAUGCCCACGUGCUACAAACUAAGCUUCCUGAUUGGACAAUUUGAAGUUGAGGUAUAAUAUUAGAAUGAGUGCAAUGCUCAUGAAUUGUAACUAUGAAAUUCCAAAGUUCUUCUUAAACUUUUUAUUAAACAUUUAAAGCGUUCCAUUUAUCUACUUUUGGUUUCAAAUUAAGUUCACUCCAAUUAUUCAUGGUGAAUUAUUCAUACUUUUACACUUAUAUAUACAGGGACGCCGGAACGAUAAAAAGCCAAAGGGGGCAGACACACACCAAAGGGCACCUCUAUAGAUCAAAAGUUCGAAAUUUACCUGAAAAAAAUUUUUUACAUGAAAUAUUUUUGGGCGACCUCCCCCCCCCCCCCACUCCGUCGUAAAAAAAUUUUCGGUCAGUCCGGACAUACCAAAAUUUUUGGUGAUGUAAAAAAAUUUUUCCGGCCAUCAGCAAUUUUCUCCAUUUAUCCAAAUAUCUUUUCUAAAAUCCAAAAAUUUUCUAAAAUUCUUGUAAACUAACCUCAUUCUUUUCGAAAUUCACACUUAUUUUUGUAAAUUAACUUUCUCUGCGCCUGUAAAUUACCUGAAUUUCAUGAUUUUGCCCGAAAAAGCAUUACUGGAAAUGUGAUUUAUCAGGUAGUAUUUUACAACUAAAAGGGCACUUCUGCCCCCCUUGCCCCCCUAGCAAAAGGCAAGAGGGGCAGCUGCCCCUCCUGCCUCAGUUCCGGCGUUCCUGCUUAUAUACUAUAUAACAAAACACUUAUUUACUGAGACCUCAGGAAAGCAGUGUGUUUCCCUCGGUCUGAGUAAAUAAGUGUUAAUUAUGUUUCCGUUGACUUGCAGGCAAGUAUGUCUAUAUUGAGACAUCAAGUCCCAGAGCACAAGGUGAGAAAGCCUCUCUCGUCAGUCCCCAAGUCAGCGGCACUCAAUGCUUGAAAUUCUCUUACCACAUGUACGGCGCUAACAUGGGAUCGCUUAUCGUCUAUCAAAAUAUGGGUAAUCAAAUGCUGGAACUGUUCAAGAAAUCUGGUGAUCAAGGCGACCAAUGGAAAAAAGCUGAAGUACAAAUAAGCAAUGGAAACAGUUAUUCUGUAAGUAUAUAGAACAUUGUCCUCCGAUAAGGGUUGAUAAGUAUAUCAAUCUCGUAUGAUCUCACUUUAAAGACCACCCGAAUAUUGCAGCAGAGUGAGAUUAGAGCCAAGAAGAAAGGUACAAUCAGUAGCCCUGGUGAUGCAAUUACAUUUCUCUGCAGUGAAAAUGUGAUAGAACUUGCCCCUCAAGACUCAAUUUUUAUAAUCUGUCUUGAGUUAUUUAUGUGUCAUAAUGAUAUGAGACUCCAGCACUUUUUCACUGUACGGGAAGUUUUCUGUAGAGAAAACGAUAUCAGACGAUUGACAUUAUGAAAAUUAUUUCUUGAGCAAUCGUGGAACGGAGUUCCGCUGCUGCAAUUUAUUAUGGUACGGGUUUUGGGGAAAUACGAAAGGGCUUUAUAUAUUACAUCAUUAGUAUGGUCAGUGUUGUGAUGUUGUUGAAAAUAGGGUUUUCUGUUCGAACGAGCUAUAUGUGGCAAACAGAACAUUCAAAACAUCGGUUCUAAUCUCGCAUUUUGCAUUAUACUGAUAGUAUUUCAAACGGUGUUUCAUUUUAAUGUGUUUUUCAAAGGUUGUAUUUAGUGGAGUAAGAGGAAGUAGUUAUUGCGGUGACAUUGCAUUGGAUGAGAUUUCAAUCACAUCCGGUCAAUGUUCAGUAUCAUCAGUAUCAUGUGGGCAGAAAGGACGUGGUCUAAGUGACUUCUCCAGAAUUGUCGGUGGUCAGAAAGCCCAACCAGGUGAAUGGCCAUGGCAAGUAGCACUUAUGCGAGGAACAUUUCAAUUCUGUGGUGGAUCACUAGUUUCAAAUCAAUACGUCAUUACUGCUGCUCACUGCAUCGAUUCAACGGACUGGGACAGCGUCACGGUAAGUAAAGCUCACGUAAUCGUACCUGACCAAGCCCACUGGAACCCUGUUUUAAUAUUCUCUGAUCGUAUCCUGCAUGACAGAUUGUGUUCCUUUCUUCCUUGUCCUUCAGAUGUCCCUCAAUAGACCACCUGCAAAGAUUCAAGUCGGGUGCCCUCUCUUGCUGUUGCUACACACUAUAGAUGUCCUGGACACUUUUAUUUCCUGUCUUUAAGCUAAGACUUAUCUUCAAAUAAUUUUUCUCAAAUUCUCCAUUGUUUGCCAUAAUGGGUCAACUGUAUUACAGUCACUAACUGAAUCUUCGUAUCUUCCCAAUUAGAAUAAAAUUAGUGUGGUGUAUAUGCAUUCUUAUUUUUCCAUUCUCAGUCACACUAUGUUCUGACUAAUUUCCCAUUUUCAAUCAGAUCAGAGUAGGUGAACAUGAUCUGGGCGUGUAUGAUGGACAUGAACAAGAUAUCAGUAUUGCAAGAUAUGGCAUUACAGUUCAUCCUCAGUAUCGCAGUGACGGGGAAGAUUAUGACAUUGCAGUCGUCAGACUUUCCAGAAGUGUUCAGUUUACACAAAGGAUAAAGCCCGUCUGUAUAAACAGCGGCAUUGAUUUCACUGGUAAAGUAACGUUAUUUUUAGAGCAAUAGAAAGCCUGAAAGGUGCGGUAUUGUCAUAAUCAACAUCAUGUUUAUCGUUAUUAACAGUCCAGGGCUGGUUGUGCAAUGGACGGGCAUGCACCCUAAUGACCGAUAUUUUUUCAAGCUUUCUAAAAUUGUCCGUUGAAUAUACCCUAAUUAAUAAAACGUCAGUAUAUAAAAAUUAACGUUUUUUUAUAUAAGUUAUGAAGUCAUGAUCAGCAUACGUAGUCAAAAUACGCCAUAAUCUUUUCAAUCAUUUUUGUAAAGACAAAAUAUCACUAUCCAGGCAGGCCCUGAAAACUAGGUUGUACAAGGGAUUUUUGCAAUUGAGUUCGAAUUUUCUACUUGUAAAACGCCUAUUCGCAAGAAAGCAAUAUAAAAUUAACCAAUUAACAUACAUUAUCACACUGCCUCGUCCCCAGGCGCUAAUUAAAAAUUUCAUGCGAGUCACUAUAUGAAGGUUGACAUAAAGUAGUGCAUCACAUUAUAGGCGCGCAAAGGGGAGUGGGAUACGAGCGUUCUGUUUAGCGCCUGGCCGAUCUUGCAUAAUAGCUGUCGAACAUACAAGUAAACAACAGAUCUAAAUAUAAAUCCCUUCAUGUAUAUCACCAGAAAGAAAUAAAGCUAUCCUUACCUGAAUUAUUCAAAAUACUGUCGAUCGUUUGCAUCGUGAAAAUCAAACAUAGCGCAUGUAAAUAAGCUCGUAACUGAAAUCCUGAGACGAGUCUUGCAAAUGCAAUACAACAUAUAGUUUCAUCGCUCCCUUGUUUAAAAAACGUCCUGUAGUUGUAUAUAUUUUAAAUAAAUUGCUCAUUGUGAUAAAAAUGCAUUGUCAUUUUUCCAUACCUUGACAGUUGUAAAUUUAUUAUAUAAACCGGCUUCUACAGCCUCGUUGAACUCUUCAAGUGUUGACAUCUCGGAAUCAUUUAAAGCGUUAAAUGAUAUCAAAUAUCAUCUGACUGUAAUCACAUUUUUAAUUGAACAAUUUGAAAUGUUGUUUCCUCAAAAAAAUGGCGAAAAAAGCCCCCAAAACUGUCGAAAAACCACGAUUUGCAAGAAACAGACGAAUUUUGCAAGAAACGGCACAAGAUCUCCCUGCGCUCCUCAAUUUUGGACGCCUCAAGACCAUAACUCCCUGCGCUUGUUCGUCGCGAUGCACUACUUCAUGUAAACCUUUCAUAUAGUGACUCGCAUGAAUUUUUUUAUUAGCGCCUGGGGACGAGGCAGCAUUAUCACAUAAGAAAUGACCAUUUAUCGUAAUGCAUUUCAUGGUAACCCCCUAAGCAUUGAGCUCAUAACGUCCGGCACGCUACAUCACAAACAGCGUUCAUAUAUACAUACAGAUCAAAUAUCGACAAAAUGGUAUUUCUAUACAGGUCAACGUUGUUACAUCUCUGGAUGGGGUAGAUUGAGCAGUGGGGGAUCAUCGCCAAAUGUCUUACAGGAAGCUCAAGUUCCCAUUGUAACUCCACAAGAAUGCAAAAACUCAUACGGCAGCAGCAUUACUGAUAGAAUGCUGUGCGCUGGACAUUCUCAAGGUGGUACUGACACUUGCCAAGGUGACAGCGGAGGUAAGACUCAAGAAUAGGCAUGACUUGCUCGUCGCAGUCAAAACGGCAUGCCAUUAACCACUAGGCUAAUCUUUAUAUCAUUUAAUUCAGCAAUAACCAGACCGACUAAAACAACAGGAAAUAAUUACUUGGGAAUAAAUAACAGUGGCUGUACGUAGCAUUUUCCCCAUAUGGCACCUACUGGGUGAAAACUUAAAAAAGAACUUUAAAAUAUGUAACAAGAUUUUGAACCUGCAAUAGCACAGUUGCCAUUAAUCAUUUAAAAGAACCCGCUUAAUUAAACCAACCCACAAAUAAAUUUUAUCUUAACCUGUUUUCCUUUCGCAGGUCCACUUGUUUGUGAACAUAGUGAUGGUUCAUGGCAUCUUAGUGGUGUGACGAGCUGGGGUCGUGGAUGUGCAAGUGCCGGGUACUAUGGAGUUUAUGCUCAUGUUGCCAACCUUUACCCUUGGGUGAAGCAAGUUACAGGACUUUAAAUUUAAUAUACCACCAGUAGUUUGAUAGCGAUACAUAACUACCUCAAUGAUUGUGAAAAUACAAAUGCAUUGAAUAAAAUGAUUAAGGCAAAAUAUCAUAUUGUUUUACUAUUUUUGGGCGCCCUUAAUUUCCUCUUUUCAAUACAGCCAUUAUUACCGUUACUAGAAAUACAUGCAUGCACCAACCCCUCGCUCUUUCUUAACAGAGGAACUCCUUUUCCAAAAUAUUGUUUCAACAUAAAGUAUAUCAUUAUUGGAAACAUCAAUUGGUAACAUGAAAAUUAUAUUUCUAAGCGUACAAAUGGCAAAAUUACUCAAAUAUGAUUGGCUAAUGAGGAGGGCAUUUUUUCUUAAUUCAGGGCAAAAUUACUUGUACCUGAUUGGCUGAGAUGCAAGCGCGGGACGUUUCUUGUUUUAAAUAGCCAUAAAAACAAUGGCUUCUCGCUUUGUCGUCGCGGAUAAUGAUGUUAUUGAAGAAUUAAAACUUCUAGUGAAAACUUGAACACUACAAAAGUACAAAUUUAUUGGUUGGAAUGCUUAAGAAAUAGGCAGGUAGGGCGAAAAGGCGAAGACAUGGAGACAUACCAGGUUCAAGAAUUUGACAGUUCACAAUUAACUUACAAAUAAUUUUGCACUUUAUGAUUAACAAGUAAUCGCAUAGUUCCUCGCAGGGGCGGAUCUAGGGGUAGUCAGAUUAGUCACGCGACUAACGUAAAAAAAAACAUAUAAAAAAAUUUGGACUAAGGUUUUUGAUUUUUUUCCCAGCGCUAAUACUUCUCUUCAUUUCUGAUCACGCAAUCAAAACUCUAUCAUACUCCAGCAUAUAAACUUCGAUCAGUUUUUGCACAUUGAGCCAGCGAUUGAUUAGUCAAACGAUAAGUCAAAUAAGCGGUAUUCAAAUGAAAAUUGACUAUUCUGCGUUUUAGAGCGUUUUAGUUCAUAUUAUUUGAUUGGUCAAAUUUGCUCAGAUUACACAUUACAGGCAUGUUGAUUGGUCAGACCUAUUUUGACUAACGAUUGCGAAAUUUUGACUAUUUUGACUAAUUCUGCAAAUAGAUAGCAGCUUCUGAUUGGACAAUUUGCGCAAAAGAGUUAAAGAACAUCUCCUCUGAUUGGCCUUCUAUUCUAAUCUUCAAUUUGGAAGCAUUGUGCACUUGGUAGCUUGUUGCAGUUCUGUACAAUUUUACAAGAAAAUUAUUUCGUUUGUAUAAUUUUAUUUACUAUUAUCGAAAUGAACGACGUAGAUUUCGAAAAGGUUAGAUCGUUAUUUGAAAGUGACGAUAAGGAAUGCUUACUGGUGUUCUGUAGAGAAUAUAUUUUCAAGCAGAUAAAUUCGAUGGAUGCAAGAAAAUUGUCUUGGCCGAAACUAUCUAGCUGAGAUGUGUUGAUUUCUCGAAUUCUCGUCGUCUAUUUCAGGAGAUUAUAAAGAGGUGUAUGGCAAUAAGGUAAAGUGGAUUGAAUUUUGAACAAUAAAUCGUUGAAUUGAACGUACGAUUUGCAUAAUUAUGCAAGUUUAUAGGUCCAAAGUUUUAUAUACUGCAUACAUAUUCAUUAUGUGUAUAAAAUUAAAACACCUCAAGUGGCAGAAAUUUGAUCUCAAAUAUUUGAUCAUGUUGGAUAAAAAAUAUUUAUUGUGUACAUGCUUUAUAGAGUAUUAUUUGACUGAUAAUAGCUCUGCAAAUGUACUUUAUAAAGAUAAUAAUAAUAUAAUCUUUGGUUAUAUUUUUAGAUCUAAUAUAUGCAACUGGCAAUUGCUUGUAUAGCUCUGUUUCCUAAGCAUUGACAGGUACCAAUGACCUAAUUUGACCUUGAUAGUUUAAAUGUUUACAGUGCAAGUGUGAAAUGUCUAUUUCGGCACUUUUUAUACAGUAGAACACUAAAAGGCUAUAUGCGAAGCACUAUGGUUGAAGACUACUUAAAUUAAAUGACUUGGCUUGGUCAUGAUGCAAGUUCAUCAGGAAAUUAUUCCUAACAUAGUACUGUAGGAAACAUUAUUGAUAAAUUUUCUAGAACAUGUGGUUAAAGUUAAAUAUCUCAGCUUGCAAAAAGACCACUCUCAAUAGCAAUUAAUAACCUCACUCUUGUACACAACACUGACAGAAAAAACUUCCUGGGGUUUGGUUCUUCAUCAUCAACCAAACUUAGCCUUUCAAGAUCACCACCUUCCCAAAUCCCCCCCCCCCCAAACAUUAUUCAGGCUUUGUAGACAAAAGCUGAUGCCAAAUAUCGGGUCUGAUCUCAUUGGCUUGAGACAGGUCCAUUGCAUCUUGAACCAGUUAAAUUUUUCAACAGACCAGGGCUUGAAAUAACAACUGAUCACCAAUCAAUAAUAGUCAGGAAACUGCUUAUGAUCGGCGGAAAAGCAUGGUUUGCAACCUGAAAAAGCAGGGAAAGUCAUGACUGCCGAUCACCAUGAUCGGGAACUUUGGGAACAUUAUUUCAGGCCCUGACAGACAAACUCCAUGUUGAUAGUAUGUGACUGUCUAGUGAGUGUAUAAUACAGUAUGUAUAAGCGUAGUAUAGGAAUAAUACAAUACUGUGUUAAAAACCUUGCCAAUUUAAUAUUUCAGAUAACUAGAUAAGUAAAGUAAUAGUCAUUUGUAAUGAAAUAUUUUGUAUUUGAAUCGACUGUGAUUAAAAUAUGUUUAAAAUGCCAGGUAAAAUAAACUUGUUUUCAAUAAAAGUUGGCUUCCACUGAAGCUACAGCUUUGAGGCACCAUUUCACUUGUGAUAUUAUACAUUUUCAUAGCUGGACAGAUAUAUAACAAGAUGAUGAAUUUAAUUAGAUUAGACAUAGCUAGGUUAGUAAUAGGACUGGGGAAGGGGCUAAAGGGAAAAACCAGGCAAUUUCACAUCCAUGAAAUGUCCCGUAUUGUCAUCCAUUUUUAACCAAGCUCCUUUUGCUGCGGUGAAAGGUGCGAGUUGGGUUUAUGGCACCUUAAAACCAGAUUGCUCAUUUUAGGUGGUAUUCAUUGUUCAUUUUAUUGUCACCCAUUUCUAAGUUCUAGCCAAACUCCUUUUGCUCUUGCAAAAGGUGUGAAGGCAAGCAAUCUGGUUUUAAGGAGCCAGAAACCUGUGGUUGUGUUCAGCUUUUUCAAGAAGCUGUCCUUGUUGGAUCACGGUUUACUAUUUUUGGUAAACGUGUUUCCUAUAGGCAUGCUGAUGAACCAAGGUAUACACUGUAGGGCGAAACAGUCUAUAUAUUAAUAUAUUAUAUGCUGAACAUUGGCAGAUACGAAAAUUAUGUCAUUUACGCAUUUGUAGUUUGAUAAAACAAAAUAUCUAUACUUCCACAAAAAUUGGACUAUCAUCCUGACAUCAAAUGACGUCAUGUCAAAUGACGUCAUCACGUUUUGCGUCAUCGAUGACGUCAUAAAAUUUUGACUAACGUGCGAAAAAUCCUAGAUCCGCCCCUGGUUCCUCGUAAAAUUAAGGUUAAAUUCCAAUUAUGUUUUCAAAGUUUCACAAUUUGUGAAACUUUGGAAAAAACCGUGAAAUUAAACCUUAAUUUUACUCGGCCGCAUCAGAUUACCUAUACUAAUUUUGUAAACUACAAAAUUCAUAAAUUCAACAAAGAGGAAGAAGAAUUAAAAUUUUUAACGGCAGAAUCAUUGAUUUUCAAAUUCUAGUAGGUACUGUGAUGCCAUUAUUUGUCGUCCAAUAUAGAAUUCCUUUCAAUUUAAAAUUAAUCUGUUUUAUUUCAUGUCACCAACAUGUAUAGUUUUCUCGACAAUACAGUAAAAAUAUUUCUGCUUUAGGCUCUAGUUUUUAUGUGAAUUAGACAUUGGUCAAGCCACAUUUGUUGUUUCUAAUAAAUAGCCAAGCGGAAUUAGUACCCAGUACCCUCGUUUCAGAUUUAUCAAAAAUAACAAAAAUAAUAAAUUAAACUCGCCUAUUGCAUUGCUUCUGCAUUUUUUAUACACUGAUUCUUUGCAGAACAUUCGAGAAGAUGUCCGCAAUAUUAUUCUACGUAAACAUCGUGAAGUGAAUUCAACGCAAUAGUUUCCAAAAUAUAUCCGCGCAAGUAAACAAAUUUCAACCCAAACAAUAUAUUCCCAUGUGCAAGUGUUAGAAUGUGUCAAUGUAUUGAUUUAAUUAAGUUUAGUUUAGUUUUUGAGCCAAAUCCAUUGACGUAAUAGUCAGAGUAAACUUUGGACAGGAAGGACGUUUACUACUGUACAGUUAAUAAAUAAUAGUGCAUGAUAUAGACUGUGUUGAGAACACAUGUUAGAGAGUUGUUACGCUCUUGCAGAG